AUAGACGAUCUUCGGUUACAAAAAAAAAAUGGCAGCGCACAUGUGAAAGUCAUGCCAUUCCAAUGUAUCGCAUGAACACGCUGACAAUUGAGUGAGUAAAUAACUAGAUCUUGUAGCUGGUAUGUAAAUGACACGAUUAUGUUUACGUACAGCUCAGACAGAAGGCGGUAAAGAGCUGUGUACUCCUCUUCUCUGACAGCUUAGCAGAAAGUGCUAACGUUACUCUUAAUAUUAGCCUGUUAGCUAACCUUGGACUGCUCACUUGUGAUGGAGCCCGACCAACAACUGCGAAAUCUGCGGGAUUUUCUCCUGGUUUACAACCGCAUGACGGAAAUUUGCUUCCAGAGAUGCACCAGCAACUUCAAUUACAGAAACCUCACCAUGGACGAGGAGCGCUGUGUGGAUAGCUGUGCUGGGAAGCUGAUUCGCUCCAAUCACCGCCUGAUGGGAACUUAUGUGCAGCUGAUGCCUCGAAUGGUGCAGCGUCGAAUGGAGGAGAUGGAGAGCAAAGCGGCAGAGAGCGCUAAGGCAGCUGAGGCCGCAGCGUCUGCGCCCGUGGGGUCUGCUACCUCCACCGAGGGUUUACCAGUAGCUCAGCCUCCCAUCAAUCCACCUGCGCUCUUACCUCCAGCAGGGACUGAUGUCGGAUUAGAUCAGACACCCACCGUGGCUGGUCAGUCAGCUGAUAAACUUGUAGCAUCCACCUUUCCCCCUGUCUCAGGUGAAGCCACUGUGAUGCCAGAAGUGCAUGGCUCAGUCUUAAAGCCAGCAGUGUUAGGUGGUCCACUUGAGCCAGAUGCUGCAGCCACAUCAGUCUCAGGAAUCAAAAUGGCAGCUGCCACGUCAUUCACGCCCUCAACAGAAACAGCAAGUCCGUUGUUGCUUGACAAAGCUGCCAAUGGACCAUCUUAUCCAGCAGUCUUACCUGAGUCACCCGUAGCUGGUGCCCAAAUUGAGUUAGCAAACUCUAUACCGGUAUCUGCUCAGCCUCUGUCUGCACCAUCAAGACCAGUUACACUAUCAGAAGACAUGCCUGUGUCAACAGUAGCAGCUCCUGCUGUGUCUAAAGCCACAGAGAGCCUACCAGGCCAACAGAAAGCACCAGAGGUUCCUCCGCUGUCAAGCCAGUAAUGAAGCUUAGUCUUGGUCUGUCAGAGGCAGUCAGGCUCUUCACUGAUCUCGCCCCGACUUCCCUGUUAUGCCUUUUCCACCAAAAAAGUUCUGGUUCGGCUCAGGAUUCAUGGAACCAGGGUGCAAACUAAGGAACUGGCCCGCAUUUCGGCUGGUUUUUGGAGUGGAGCCACUAAAUCAUUGAUCGUGGGCGUGCACAACAGAAGUAAAUACUGCAGUGCAGAGUCUGUCCCAUCAUAUGUGUUGGAAUAAUUAGCCUACAUAAUCUGUGCCUGAUAGGGUUCAGAUUGAGAAUUAUAAAAAGUGAAUAAUUUGUUUUGUUUUUUAUGUCAUGUUUAUAUUAGCAGUUGUGUACAAAGUGUCAGGAAACCUGGAAAGGAAAUCACAAAGUUUUCUUGGUUGUUGUUUCAAUCUUUCCUUGUAGAAUAAUACACCCCCCCUCAGUUCCCUGCUAUUCUCUGGUUCCAGCUGAGAGAACCAAAUUUGCCGUUUGGAAACUAGUCUGUAUAUGGUGGAAAAGGCAUAUGAGAGUACAGACCAUCAGUAGCUCAGCUCCAAACAGCGGUAAUAACCCAUCACUGGGUAGUCCUAAAUGUGGCACCAUCCAGUGUGACUCACAUGGAAAUCCUGUUAAAAUGAGAUAGCCUGCUGUGCCAAGAAAUCAGGGUUUAUCAUACGUUUCAGUCGUAUUAAGAGCAGCAAUCUUCAUUUACAUAGCAAUUUUCGACACAAUGUUGUUUCAACACAAAGUGUUUAAGAAAUGAUAAUAACAAACCCAAUAAAUGGAUCAUUAAAAACCUCAUUUGUAAAACUGAAAACACGAUUAUGUGAUAAUAAGGGAGUCUAAAACAAGAACGAAAAUGUUAAAACGUUACAUAAACAAGCCUGUCUGUUAUAUGGCAUUUGAGAAGUGAUGCCAGCCCAAGCUCCACAGGGAUGUUUCCAAAGCCUGCAGGCCUGGAUGGCAGCAGCCUGAUCCCAUUUGGACUGGAGCCUGCACUUUGCAAUAGCCAGGAGGGCUCUGUCUGAUGAUGUCCUUGAUGCCUCAGCAGAAUCAAUCCAGAUUCUUGGCUUGUAUUGAUGUGUGGUGUCACCUUGUAUAAGAUUAUCUUUAACAAUAAAGAUGAGAAUGUUAA